GCCACAGAACACCUCCCAGUGGCUGAGCGUCUAGCGUUGUUAUGGUAGUGUAUAGGUGUUCUGUGGUUGUUCUGCAACGUUUCGCGCAUGUCUCAGCAUCCGAGAACGCCUUUAGCGUAGCUUUUCUGAGACGUUUUACUGCCAAUGUCCACUAUGAAGGUCGCUAGCGGACCGUGACGUGUCGAAACACGGUAGGUCGUCUCCACGUCUUCAACGGAGGCGCGCUUUCAAAGGUGUUCUGUGGCACAACGAUCAACUAAAGAACCAUGGGAAAGUGCUGCAUCCCGGGUUGUCGCAACUCCCGCGAGCGUAUACCGGGCCUCACGUUCCACCAAAUUCCUUCCAACGAACCGUAUCGCACCUCGUGGAUCGAGGCACUUACCAAAGCCGGCGUCAAGGCGUUCACCGAGUGGACCCUGGUCUGCGGCGAGCACUUCAGGCCCGAAGACUACAAGAUGACGGUGCGAAAGAACUUCCUGCUGCCGUCGGCCGUGCCGUCCACGUUCACCAUCAAGCCGUGCAAGAACGCGCCCAAGAAACGCGGUCGCAAGCCCAGUGCCUUGCUCCAGCAACAGCAAGAACAGUUAGCUGCGGCGCGAGCUGGAGCGCCGCAGAGAGUCACAGUUCUGAGGUCCGUGGUGGCUGAAGGGAACGAUUUCGCUGAUGAUGGCGACGAAGACUACGACCCCGUGAGUGACGGCGUGCGACGUAGAGGGCGUCCUCGCAAGCGUAAGGUUUUUACGGACAUGGUGGUCUACAUGCCCAAACUGACGUCCGACGAUCAGCGCGACGAGAACGGGCAGACGCAGGCGAUCACCCUGACGUUCCCGCGAGAAGACGGGGACGAGCGCGUCGACGCGACGUCGUCCUCAGGGACGCUGGAGACAUCGGAAGCCGUGCGUAGCGAAGCGGUGGCCUCUGACGCGGAGGCGCUACAGGGUAUCGAGGACGUCACGGAGCAGCAGCCGCCGAAGAACCUCAACGUCAUCGUGUUCACGAAUCAGGCGCGCCCCGCUUCGACUUCCACGAAUAGUCGAACCGACGACCACAGUAGUGCUGGCGCUGUCGUCGAGCCCUCGUCUGACUACCCGGGCAAUCCGAGGCGACGCUGCUGCCAGAUUCAGACGCAGCGGCUGCUAUUUUACAAGAGCGUCAUCACCAAGCUUAGGAAACGUGUGCUGGCCUUGGAGGCCAGUUUAGCCGAGAAAGAAAAAGAACUGGCUUCGGUCGAAGCCCAGGGAGACCUCGACAUGCUUUUGUAGCCACCGGUUUUUAGGAACACACAGUGGCAAUGACACAAGGCUGUCAUUGCAUUGAAGAUACUAUGCACAUGCUUUAGUUGACGUUGUUCAAGUGUGACAUUUAUAAAAUGAGGCGUGCCGGUUGACUCACAAGAUGGCCUUGCUCUAUGUUGCAAAAUAAAGGAAAAGUUUGUGGGCACUAU